UUUAGACUCGGUUUAAUCCGACCAAUAUUAAUCCAAAUCAUAUAGACCAUUUUUUUUCCAACGAUGCAAAUCGACCCGCCACUAACAUGAACCCGGCGAUUUGACCAGCUACUCGAUAAACUAGACUGGUUUAAUCCCCGACCUGAUUACAAAUGAUCUGACAAGAACUCAAGCCCGCAGUAUCCCAGGCAAACCCACUCCCAAAAUGACCCGUUCAAAACAAUCUGAGUAUGACUCGAACAACUUAUGGCCCAAACUAUUUACAACCUUAACCAAACAAAAACCGCCCAAAAAUAAACCAAAAUUGAUUCGACUCGAUUAAUGGAACUGAACUACACCGCAAUGAUGAACCCGUUUUAAACCGAAACCAUUUCUUUCAGAAUCGAAUCCGAAUUGACAGUGCUAGCUUACGUAUGUUCUUCAAAUCUUUCAUAAAACCGAGUAAUGGGCGGGAAUUGCUGUUGGCGGCGAUUAAUGCAGCAUUCCUGUGUUCGUGCUUUCAGAAAGCAUUUCUCCAUCAGUUCACUUACCAGCACCAGAAUUGUAACACCGCCAACAUCCAAGAACUUCAAUACCCAAAACAACUUACAGAAUUUAAAUCAACUUCAAUUCUCAGAAAAAGAUAUAAUCAAAUGGAAUACCCAGAUAACCAAUUAUAUGAGAAGAGGCCAUUUCGAAUCAGCUCUCGAACUCUUCCAUUCAAUGCCAAGUAGAACUGUUGUUACUUGGAAUUCAAUGAUAUCUGGUUAUUUGUGUAAUCGCAGAUUUCGGGAUGCCCACCAGAUGUUUGAUAAAAUGCCAAUGAGAGACUUGUUUUCUUGGAAUUUGAUGUUGAAUGGAUAUGUCCUGCACCAGAAUCUUGCUUCUGCUAGAUGGUUUUUCGAGAAAAUGCCUGUAAGAGAUAUCGUGUCUUGGAAUACAAUGUUGUCGGGGUAUGCGCGUGGUGGGUUUGUGGAUGAGGCUAGGGAAUUGUUUGCUAGGAUGCCAAGAAAGAAUUCUAUAUCAUGGAAUGGAAUGAUUGCAGCAUAUGUGCAGAAUGGGAGAGUUAAUGAGGCUGCUUUGUUGUUCGAGUCAAGAGGAGGGUGGGAAUUGGUAUCAUGGAAUUGCUUGAUGGGUGGGUAUGUGAAGGCCAAUAGGCUGGUUGAAGCCAGAGAAAUUUUUGAUAGGAUGCCUGACAGAGAUGAGGUUUCAUGGAACACUAUGAUAUCAGCUUAUGCUCAGAAUGAGCAGCUAUCUGAGGCCCACAGUUUGUUUAUGAAGUGUCCGAGCAGGGAUGCAUUUACUUGGACAGCAAUGGUUUCUGGUUAUAUACAAAAUGGUAGGUUGGAUGAAGCUCGGAGAGUAUUUGAUCAGAUGCCACAGAAGGGUGUAGUAUCAUGGAAUUCUAUAAUUGCAGGUUAUGUAUAUAAUAACAGCAUAAAUGUUGCCAGGGAACUCUUUGAGGCAAUGCCUACUCGUAGUAUAAGUUCUUGGAAUACAAUGAUUAGUGGCUAUGCUCAAAGGGGUGAUAUUCAAGAAGCUAGGAAUUUGUUCAAUAUGAUGCAAGAGAGGAAUUCUAUCUCAUGGUCAGCGAUGAUUGCGGGUUAUGCUCAAAGUAGUCGUAGCGAGGAGGCUUUACUUCUAUUUGCAAAGAUGCAUAGAAAUGGAGAGAGAUCAAACAGAUCGGUGUAUACCUGCGUUUUGAGCACAUGUGCUGAUACUGGUGUUUUAGAAUUAGGUAUGCAAAUGCAUGGGCAAGUCACUAAAAUAGGUUAUGAAAGUGCAACCUACGUAGGAAAUGCAUUAGUUGCUAUGUAUUGCAAGUGUGGAAGCAUUCAUAAAGCGAACUGUGCCUUUAAAGGCAUACUUGAAAAGAAUACUGUUUCAUGGAAUACUAUGAUUGUUGGCUAUGCAAGACAUGGGUUUGGCCUACAAGCUCUGGCAGUAUUUGAGUCAAUGACUAAAUGUGGGACUAGAGCCGAUUAUACGACCAUGGUGGCUGUGCUGUCGGCCUGUGCUCAUGCUGGUUUAGUUGACAGAGCCAAACAAUAUUUCUAUGCUAUGUACUCUGAUUAUGGCGUAGUACCAAGCCCACGACACUAUACAUGUAUGAUUGAUCUUUUAGGUCGAUCAGGAAAUUUAGAUGAAGCACAGAAUUUGGUUAGGAACAUGCCAUUUUCACCAGAUGCUGCAACGUGGGGUGCCUUGCUUGGUGCAGCUAAGGUUCAUGGGAAUAUUGAGCUUGCAGAAAAGGCUGCUGAGAAAAUUUUUGAAAUGGAGCCUGAUAACUCGGGAAUGUAUGUGCUUCUUUCAAAUUUAUAUGCGGUUUCAGGGAGAUGGUAUGAUGUUCGACAAAUGAGAUUGAAAAUGAGGGACAAAGGGGUUAAAAAGGUGCCUGGGUAUAGUUGGCUUGAAGUGCAAAACAAGAUCCAUACAUUUGCAGCUGGCGAUACUUGCCACCCAGAAAAGGAUAGGAUUUAUUCAUUCUUAGAAGAGUUGGAAUCCAGAAUGAAGCAAGAUGGCUAUGUGUCAUCCAUAAAGUUGGUGUUACACGAUGUUGAUGAGGAGGAAAAAGAGCACAUGCUCAAGUAUCAUAGUGAAAGACUAGCUGUUGCUUAUGGGAUUUUGACUCUAACGAAAGAUAAACCUAUACGUGUUAUGAAAAACCUGAGAAUUUGUGAAGAUUGCCAUACAGCUAUUAAGCACAUUUCGAAGCUUGAAGGAAGGCUUAUUAUAGUAAGGGAUUCUAACCGGUUUCACCAUUUCAAGCAAGGAGAAUGUUCGUGUGGGGAUUACUGGUGAGAAUGAAGAGAUUAAAAUCGAAAAUAGUAAAAGAUGCAGCUGCUUUCCAUCAUCUGGCAUAAUUUCAUAUUAGCUGUGGCUUUUGGAAUCAAUUGCCUGGCUUUUGUUGACGAACAGCUAAGCGGUAUUGAACAAGAUUACUCUUUUGGACAGUAAGGUCAAGCUCGGGCAUGUUACUGAAACGGGAUAGUCUUGUCUGCAGAAAUUUUCAGCUAUUACUCCAGAUUAAGUUUGGUAUUUGGUCUGAGACAGAAGCUGUAUUAUAUGUAGCUGCCUGAAGCUAUUAAUGUGAUUUUGAUUGAAAGAAAUGAAAAAGUUUUUAAGCAACAAUGUAAGUCAACUGAGCAAGUGUUCAGAAAAAAUCAAGUAAAUAAAAAUCAAGUUGCUUGAAAGAAUUCUACUAAUAUGAGGUAUCUCAUAUGUAAUUUCUUUCAUUUUGACGAACUGGUGCUUGUUAAUUUCGGAGCAGGUCAGAUAACAGAUGUUUGGAGCUGCGACAAUAUGAAGAGCUUGUUUUUCAAUGUAUAUAAGUUGGUCAAGUAGACCCUCCAGUGAUACUGCAAACGAAGUAGUGAAAAUGAUGUUCCUAUGAUGAAGCAAUUCUUGUUAUGUUAGAAAUUAUGAGAAAUCUCUGUUCUCCUCUGUUAUGCAGUUAAGUUUGGUGGUAAGUGUCAGAUCUGUUCAUACUUGGCUCUCUUAUUUAAUCAAAUAGAUGCAGGAAAGAAUUCUGAUCUGAAACCUAUGUACCUGUUGCAAUCAGAUGCAAUGGUGCGCUGAGGUCAUGUACAGUGAUGCUAUUUCAAGGUCCUUAGUUGUUUAGAACUCUGGGAUUGUACAGAAAGUGGACCAAAAGGAAGCAACUGAUUAAGCAUAAAUUAGUGAUAUUACUUGGUGCAAUUUUCAUCUUUAUCUCUUCCUCGAAGCAGGUGUAUAAAAAUUGAUGCAUCACAUACU